UCUCCAGUCCGCACCUCUGGCUUCAGAUGAGCACGGAGCCUCCUGCAGGCACACGGACAGCCAGAAUACCACAGCUGUGCCUCUGCCUCGGACUCCGGACUCUAGCGCUGCAGACGCGGGUCCCCACUGUCUACGCUGAGCCUGUGCAGCAGCGGCUGCAUUCGCUCUGCUACUGCUCUGCUUGCUGUACUUCGCCGCUCCCAGAAAGAGAAACCAGUCUGUACCCCACUCAUACAGGCGGACCUGUUCACAUUUUCACUGUGGAUUUCAAGUCGUUACAGGAACUAAUUAUUGCGCGUAUUGGAUCCAUUUGAGCGGUAUUACUGUUAGGUUAUUGUUUUUCAUGGUUGGAGACAGUAGGCUAUAUUUAUAUUCAAUCUACGUGAUAUUGGUUCAUGAUUGAGAAGCACGCGGAGGGGCGUGGAAUUAAUUGAAAUCGAUUUGGUCUCCUUAUAUGUAAAACAACCGAGAUAUUUUCUCCCCGCUCCUCGCUUCCCCUUUCCUCACCUUCAGCAUGACUUCUCUGUCUGGGACCAAAGAGAGGUCUGUGACCAGCAGGAGCAGAAAAUACGGGAUUACCGACACGUCUCCGACUAAAUCAGCCUCCUUCUCCCCUGAGACAUGGUACAGAAAGGCCUACGAGGAGUCCCGGACCGGCAGCCGACCCGCUCCAGAGGGAGCCGGCUCCAUGCCUAGCUCCACAGGCACCCCCUCCCCAGGAUCUGGCACCUCUUCACCGGGCUCCUUCUCUGGUUCCCCCGGGACCAUAUCCCCAGGGAUCGGGACCUGUUCUCCCGGGUCUCUGGGUGGCUCGCCAGGUUUCGGUACAGGUUCGCCGGGCUCUGGCAGUGGGAGUUCCCCUGGUUCUGAGAGAGAGAGGGGGAUAUGGUGUGAGAACUGCAACGCCCGGCUAGCAGAGCUGAAGAGGCAGGCGCUGAAGCUGCUGAUUCCCGGCCCCUAUUCCAGCAAGGAUCCCUCCUUCUCACUCCUGCUCCAUGACAAGCUCCAGGUGCCCAACAGCUCACGGCGGGCGUGGAACGAGCGUGACAGUCGCUGUGACGUGUGUUCCACUCAUCUUACCCAGCUGAAACAGGAGGCAGUCCACAUGGUGCUGACCAUGGACCAGUGGGACCUGUCCCCCAGCUCGCCCCCCAUCAUGCCCAGCGGCAGUGGCCUUCCACAGGGCCCCACAGCCCCACGGGACUGGGCCUACCUCCUUUCAGCCUCAGCAGCCUACCCCCAUCCACACCCACACCACCCUACCAUGCCUCCAACCUCCUCUAGUGCAUCAUCCUCAAACCCCAGCCACACAGCCUCCAACCCCUGCCAAGGUGCAGAAUCUGUGGGGCAAACAUCCGCCCAGGCAGCCUCUUCAGCUCUAGCCCCGGCCUCCUCAUCACCAGCUCCAUCCUCUGUGCACCAGGGAGGAUACCCCCGCCAUGGGUCCAAGCCCAGCUCCCUAGGGGUCGGCCUGGGGAUUGAGAGGAGAAACGGCUCCCCGGCACACAGCAGUAAAGCCACCGGUGUUCAGCCGGCUCAGCCGCCCCACAGCCCCGGUAAUAACGGGAACGGUUCUGGUAGCGGAGCGUUACUGAGCACGGCAGCCCUGCAGGCUCACCAGUACAUGUCCCGCACCAAUGGAGGAGGAGUCACACUCUACCCCUACCAGAUCUCCCAGAUGAUAUCAGAGGGGUGUAGAGAGGGUCUGACGGAGGAGGCUCUAAACCACUACAACGCUGAUCGCCCCGCCCCCUCAUCCUCCCAGGCCCCUCCCACUUUGCAGGUUAGCACGGCAGCACCAACCACCACCUCUGCCGCUGCAUCCUUCUUCGCCAGAGCUGCCCAGAAGUUGAACCUGUCUUCUAAGAAGAAGAAGCAGCGCCCAUUGGCCACUCCAGUGGUGUGUGACCCCCCUCUGUUCCCCACCAACUUCAGUGGGACCCUGCAGACCGCCCCUCCCCCUGCCCCCCCCUGCCUGCUACGGGCCGCCAGUAAGAUAAAAGACACUCCCGGACUGGGCAAGGUGAAGGUGAUGGUUCGUGUGUGUCCUGUGACUUUCUCGGACGCAGCAGAGUCCAGCUCUUUCCUCAAAGUGGACCCCAGGAAGAAGCAGGUGACCAUCAUGGACCCCUCAGCCAACCAGAUACAAGGAAACACCCCCCAGAAACGAGGAGGAGCCAAUCAGGUCCCGCCUAAGAUGUUUGCCUUCGACGCUGCUUUCCCCCAUGAUGCAUCACAGGCGGAGGUGUGUGCUGGUACUGUAGCUGAGGUAAUUCAGUCUGUGGUGAAUGGAGCCGAUGGCUGCGUCUUCUGUUUUGGCCACUCUGAACUGGGUAAAUCCUACACCAUGAUAGGCGGUGAUGAGUCCAUGCAGACCCUGGGGAUCAUCCCCUGUGCCAUCUCCUGGCUCUUCAAACUCAUCAACGAGAGGAAGGAGAAGACGGGAGCACGCUUCUCUGUCCGAGUCUCCGCCGUAGAGGUGUGGGGUAAAGAGGAAACCCUGAAGGACUUGCUAUCUGAAGUGGCUACAGGCAGUUUGCAGGACAGCCAGUCCCCUGGAGUCUACCUCUGCGAGGACCCCAUCUGUGGCAUGCAGCUCCAGAACCAGAGUGAGCUGCGAGCACCCACGCCAGAGAAAGCAGCCUUUUUCCUGGAUGCAGCCAUAGCAGCUCGCUACAGCAGCAGAGCUGACGCCGACCCGGAGGAACAUCGCAACUCACACAUGCUGUUCACACUGCACAUCUACCAGUACCGCAUGGAGAAGACUGGCAAGGGAGGGAUGUCAGGAGGUCGUAGUAGGCUCCACCUGAUAGACCUGGGCAGCUGUGUGAAGGUGCUGGGAGGAGGGAACGGCCGAGACAGCAGCGGUAGUAGCAGCACCACAGCAGCAGGGCUGUGUCUGUCUCUCUCUGCCCUGGGGAACGUCAUCCUGGCUCUGGUCAACGGCAGCAAACACAUCCCUUACAAGGACAGUAAGCUGUCCAUGCUACUGAGAGAGUCGCUGGGCAACAUGAACUGCCGGACUACCAUGAUCGCUCACAUCUCCUCGUCGCCUAGCAACUUCUCUGACACGCUCUCCACCAUCCAGAUUGCCUCACGCGUCCUCCGCAUGAAGAAGAAGAAGACCAAAGUCAGCAUGCAAUACACGUCCAGUUCGUCAGGGGGUGAGAGUUCGUGUGAGGAGGGGGGAAUGCGUCGCCCCACUCACCUGAGACCGUUCCACUCCCGUAGCUCUGCAGACUCAGACCUGCCUCUGCUGCACCUCUCCAGCGACCCAGACAACUACUCCAGCAGCGAGCAGUCCUGCGACACCGUCAUCUAUGUGGGCCCCAAUGGGGGCGCCAUCUCAGACCGCGAGCUGACUGACAAUGAGGGCCCGCCAGAAUUCGUCCCCAUCAUCCCUGCUCUGCUGAAGAGCAAAGCCGAGUCUGGCGUCGUGCCGACUACGCCACCUCUACAACAGCAGCAGCAGACAGUACUCCCCCGGGCCCAGCCUCAGCCUGUCCCUAUACAGACACACACCCAACUCCCUACCCUGCCUACCGAGCACCUCACCAUCCUCAACCAGUCCCCGCUCCCCCUCCUCCAGCCCCUGGGUCAGCCCCUGCCCUCCGUGCCAGAGGAAGGGGCAGAAUGCCUGAAGUGCAACACCUUCGCUGAGCUGCAGGAGCGUCUGGAGUGUAUCGACUGGAGCGAGGAGGUGGCCAAGUUCCCUUUCGAGGAGGUGCCGGCUAACAGGGGGGCUAAGCCCGACACCCUGGUUCCCCCGGGGUCUGAGACGGGGCGUAAGGAAGGGGUGGAGGUGGAGGAGGUAGAGCCCCCCAGGAGGAUGUCCAACGACCAGCAGCUCCAGGAGAUCAGGGAGGUGGUGGAGGAGGCAGAACUGGCCCAGACCAUGAUAGAGAGUCUGAGCCUGACCGGCAGCCGCAGUGUGACUGGUAGCAGUGGAGCAGGACACACCAACACCAACCCUCUACAGAGGGACAAGAGUGCCAGCCUCCAUGACAGUCGUGAGUCUCUGAGCGCCGGCAGUAGCAGUGAUGGGAAGCCACGCCCCCUGGGCUCUCCUCGGCUGGGCAUCGCCUCUCUUACCAAGACCUCUGACUACAGACCUCCCUCCUCACCCUCACAGCGCUGCAAGGUCUACACCCAGAAGGGUGUGAUGCCGGGAACGCCCCCUUUGUCCUGCCAGAGUCUGUCUACUGCAGACAGCCUGGCAGACAGUGGGAGGUCCUCUACAGAGUCCCUGCUGCAGCCGGUGUCCCUGUCCAGGACCUCCCCUGUGAGGAUGAGUCCCCGGGUCCUCAAACGAACCAACUCCUUGUCUGCUAGCCUGGGGUCGGCUGAGACGCUGUGUGAUGAGGAUGUACCUCAGAUUCCUCUGGAUGGACGCAGGGAUGCCCCAGCUCCAGCCCUCAACCACUCCUCCAUCCCAGCCGACCCUCGCUCUAUGGGGGAAGACGAGCUGGUAUUCACCCUGGGGUGUAAGGAGGGGCUCGAGGUCCGGGGCCUGCUGGAGAGUGGCGGCCGUCCCACCAGCAUCAGUAGCUUCAGCAGCGACUGUUCCGUCACCACCCUGGCCUCGGGGUCCCGCCCUGUCUCCAUCAUCAGCAGCAUCAGCGAGGACCUGGAGCGCUAUGGAAACAACACUACUGUCGUUGCUACGACCACCAGGGUGAUCACCAUGACAACCGCCUCCGUCGCCGGAGUGAUCGCCAUGGCGGAGGUCAGCAUGGCAAAGCUUCACGUGGAAGGAGAGGCGAUGGCGGCGGUGCCUAGCCGACGGUCAUCCAUCUCAUCGUGGCUAAGUGACCUGAGUGCUGGGAGCGACGGAGAUCAGUCUCUGCACAGCUUCAGCCAGUCCCAUGGACACGGGGAGGCUCUGGCCGAACCAGACCCCACACAGGUCCCUCUCUGUGGGGGAGAGGAGCAGGACGAGGCAUCCCUGGGUUCUGGAGGAUGGAAGACUCCUGAGAGUGAAGUAGCAUUGUCUGGAGAUGAGAAAGGGAGGGAGACUAAAGAGAGGCUGAAGAGACUGCCCCCCUCCCUGGGUAAGACCACCAUCACCCUCUCCAACAUGCAGACCCUGGGGGCCUCCAGCAACUUCCUCCCCUUCAAGACCAACAUUACAGUCCACCCCUGUGUGGCCGUCAAACCCAUGGUCAUACUUUCCUCCCUUACCAAGACUCACUUGCUGCCCAAGGACCCACCCAAGCCUGCCCCAGCCCCAGCCCUGGUCCUGGCCUCCAUGUCCAGUGAGCUCAGCUUUGAUGACCCCUGGAUGAAGAGAGACAGGGUGGACGUGAGACCCAAGGAGCUGGUGUGUGAGGUGAAGCCAGAGAAGAGGGUGGUGGAGCCACCAGUCAAGACAGACCCAGCUAAGAGCAGCCAGGCCUGGCCCCAGGGCGAUAGGGCGAGCAGGGUGGACAGUGGCUAUGGAGGGGACCGUCGCAGCUCCAGCAGCGGUGAAGCCAUCUCCUCUCCAGACUCCUGUAAGAGGGUAGUGGGCGGCUCUGAGAUGAUGCUGGUCAGUUCUGGGGAGUGUCUUGUGACUCCUGUCUACUCUGCCGACAUCCUGCACACUGCCAGUCUGCCCCGCGGCUGGCACCGGCUCAACCGCCACGACGGCCUGGACGAGGACCCACUCCGCUGCGACGCUAACGGAGGAGGGGGGGAGUACCGAGGCCUGGGGGUCACCUCCUCCACCCCCUGUAGUCCUAGGGCGACCCUGGACCGAAGGGGGUAUUCCGGGAAACAAGGCCUGUUUUCCCGCCAGAAAGGGAUCCCACCGCUGCCACCAGUACGCAAGUCCAGUCUGGACCAGAAGAACCGGGCAGGAGGCCCCCUCUGCCCCCUGCACGCAGCCAGCCAUGGCCUCUCCUUCUUGGGGAGCACCCCGGAGGACCUGGGCAUGCUUGGAGGAGGUGGAGGGAAACAGAAGGGGUGCAAUGUGGAGAGCAGCAGGUUGUUCAGUGCUAAACUAGAGCAACUGGCUAACAGAACCAACUCUCUGGGUCGGUCCGAUGGAGGUCACAGCUCUCACGGCCCCUACUACGACUGUCUCUCUCCGGAGAGUGGGGAAGCCCUCAGCUCCCUGGGCUGGAAGGGGGCAGCCGGAGGGGGGAGGGGGGAGUGCACCAUGCCACGUACCGGACGCGGCGGCUCAUUGUCAUCCUCCUCCCCUAACGGAAACAGAUCUAGCAGCGCUCCCCAGUCACCCAAGUCGAGCCAGUCCAAGAUCUCAGCGGUCAGCAAGCUCCUGAUGGCCAGCCCUAAGGCCCGGAGCCUGUCGGCCUCCAGCACCAAGACACUCAGCUUCUCCACCAAGUCUCUGCCCCAGUCUGUCAACCGCAGCUCCAGCCUGCCUCCCAACGGCAAGCCCCAGCCCCAGCCCCAGUCCCAGUCCCAGAGUCAGACCUCCAGCCAGGGCCAGAACCAGGCACCCAGCUCUGGCUCCUGGUCCACCCAGUCUCUGAGUCGCAACCGAGUGGGGGGCCUGGCCGCCAAGCUGCCUCUGAGAGCCGUCAACGGACGCAUCUCCGAGCUGCUCCAGGGCAGCGGAGGCUCUCGAUCCGCUGGUCACAACCGAGGAGGAGGCUCAGAGGCUGGGGAGGAGAGGGGCGCUGGAGGGGGUGGAGUUGGUGGCGGGGUACAGGGAGAGGAGAGACCCUUGGUGGUCCACACCCUCCCGUCUCCCUACAGUAAGAUCACAGCGCCCAGGCGGCCGCAUCGCUGCAGCAGCGGUCAUGCCAGUGACAACAGCAGUGUUCUGAGUGGAGAGCUGCCCCCGGCCAUGGGGAAGACAGCCCUGUUCUAUCACAGCGGGGGCAGCAGUGGCUAUGAGAGCAUGUUGAGGGACAGCGAGGCCACAGGAAGCACCUCCUCUGCCCAGGACUCUCUGAGUGAACACAGCUCAGCCACCAGCAGCAGCAGCCGCCGCAGCCUCAAGAACAACAAGAAGAAGAACAACAGCACAGGUACCCAGCGUCGUCGUCUGAUUCCCAGCCUGACCCUGGACUCGUCCUCUCCGGUCAGGAAGCCUGCCAUCAGCCCAGGUGUACGCUGGGUAGACGGGCCGCUACGCCCUGCCCCCAGGGGAACCACAGAACCCUUCGAAAUAAAGGUCUACGAGAUAGACGACGUGGAGCGCAUUCAGAGGAGAGAGAAAGGCAGCAAGGAAGUGAUGUAUUUCAGUGCUAAGCUGAAGAACUUGGAAAACAGGCAGCAGCGAAUAUCUGAGGUCCGAGCCAAGUACGACUGGCUGAAGAAAGAGCUGGAACAGACCAAACAGCACCUGAUGCUGGAGCCAGAGAAAUGGACCACUGAAUUUGACCUGCAGCAGACGUUUGAAGUGGACUCUCUGGAGUACCUGGAGGCUCUAGAGGUGGUGACAGACAGACUUGAGACCAGGGUCAACUUCUGCAAGGCUCACCUCAUGAUGGUCACCUGCUUCGACGUCACCUGCCGACGCUGGUAGAGCCAAGAACGGACAGGCGGACCACACCUCCUCUAGGACUCUUAGGACUCAUGGGAAGUGGAGACACCACAGCAGAAAGAGAGAGGGAUGGAGCGGAAGGAAGGGAGGGAUGGAGUGGAGGGACGGAGGAAUUUCCCUAAGGAGGCAGACGGAGACAAAGGCAUGCGGAGACUAAAGAGGAAUAUUUUUUUAAGCAGCGGGGAAGGGAGCGAGAGAGGGAGAAGAGGAGGAGGAAGAAAAGGAGGAGGAAGAGGAGGAGGAGGAGGAGAGAGAGUGUUUUAAAGGAGUAUAUCUUCCACCAGACAGGAAGAUAACUUUUACCGAGGUGUUGUUGAAGUUUGUAAAUAAAGUUUUGCUUGCUUUGAAUAAGGCCUGGCUGACGGACGGCUGUUAGUCACGUAGGGAAAAAAAGAGAAAAGAACGACAGAAAGGAAAGAAAGAGUGUGAGAAAGACAAGUGCCUUGCGAACACUUCCAUAUCUGAAACAUUUCUCCUGUAUUUGUGUACAAACGGUGCUAGCUGAAAAACAUUAUAGAUCUCAAAAGUAAAAAUAAUACGAAAAAAGAUGUGAAGUAAAAACCACAGCUGGUUUUACUCUGUUUCCUCUCUCUGACUAGCUGUUCUCAGUGGUUUGUACUUGUAUAGUUCUACAUUAGUUAUGAUGCAACAUAUGAACUGUUACGUGUAUUUUUUCUAUACGUGCUUUAGGGGAUGCUAUAUACAGGUGUAGGAUCUUAAUUUGAGCCAGUUUGCUACAGCAGGAAAAUAAUCCUGCAGCCACAGGAAAUGUGAAUUAUUAUGUGGAUUAAAAUUAAUAUAAAACAUUUUAGGGGUUGAUUUGUAAGGGAAAAUCAAGUCUGAAAUUUCUACGUGGAAAUUACAAACUU